AUGGGCAGCAUGAAACCCUCCUGGAGUGAGGUCGCCACCCGCCGACGGCAUGAGAUCGAGAGCGCGAUCCCCAGCGAAUGGCUCGUGCCUCGGCAUUUACUACAGAAGGCGCGAACCACCAUGACGGCUCUGGCCUUAUCGCGAGUAUCUGGAAUACUGACGGCGUGGGAACUCGAGGUCACGGAGAUGCGAGCGGUCGAUAUCCUCGCAGCACUCCAUGCGCGGAAAUUCAGUUCAUUCGAUGUCACGAUGGCCUUCUGUAAGAGGGCUGCGGUUGCCCAUCAAGCGACCAAUUGUGUGGCUGAAUUUCUGUUUCAGGAUGCGCUGGAACAGGCGAAACAGCUUGAUGAGUACAUGCGAGUGAACGGGAGACCCAAGGGAAUGCUUCACGGCUUGCCGAUCUCUGUCAAAGAACAUGUCUUCGUCCACGGAACCAGAGCCACAUCUGGAAUAAUUGCUUGGGCCGAUCAAAUAAGUCCUUGCGAUGCUCUUAUAGUGCAGACUUUCAGAGAGCAAGGGGCAGUAUUCCACGUGAAAACGACCAAUCCGCAGACAUUGAUGGCCAUCGAGACGGAGUCGAAUCUGUUCGGGCGCACUUUGAAUCCUUAUAACCCGAAUUUAACUUGUGGUGGUAGUACCGGAGGGGAGGGGGCAUUGAUAGCCAUGGGAGGAAGUGUCUUAGGGAUCGGGACUGAUAUCGGAGGCUCCAUACGGGUUCCCAGCGCGUUCUGCGGAAUCUAUGGCCUGAAGCCGAGCGUUGGCAGGUUGCCCCAUAGUGGUCUUUGUGGUCUCCACGACGGGAUGCAGAAUGUUAUCGGUGCAGUUGGCCCAUUGGCUAGGUGUCUUGAAGAUAUCGAAUUAUUCUGUUCGGCAGCACUGGUGAACCGUCCUUGGGACCGUGAGCCUUCAAUGAUCGAAAUGCCAUGGAAGAAGGAGGUGCAAACAUCGACGAAGCUCAAGUUUGGGGUGAUAUGGAAUGAUGGGUUGGUCCGACCACAUCCACCAGUGGCCAAUGCUCUCCAGGAAGUGGUCUCCAACUUGAGGAGCUCAGGCCACAUCGUCGUUGAUUGGGAUGCCGGCCUCCAUGAGGCUCUGACAAAAGCAGUCAACGAAGCAUAUUUCCUCGAUGGUGGGAAAGAGUACUGGGAGGCUCUAGACGCUAGCGGAGAGCCGCCCGUGCCAAUGCUUGAAUGGAUCUUGAAGACCCACGGGGGUCGCUCAUAUACUGUCGAGGAGACAUGGAAGCUGAACGCACAGGUUGAUCUCCUGCGAACAAUGUACGCCAGACAAUGGAAUGCUGUAGGUAUCGAUGCUAUCAUUUGUCCGGCAAGUCCAACCAUGGCUUCUGUCCAUGGAGAAAGCCGAUACUGGGGCUAUACUAGCGUUUGGAACGCGCUUGAUUAUUCGGCGGCCGUGAUACCGUACAGAACAAUCCGGGCCUCUGACAAACGGGAUGACUCAGGAGAAAACCCAGCAAGUCUGAGUGCCACCGAUGAUUGGUUUCGAGGACUGUAUGGGACCCAAGGGUCUGCGAGAUAUGCAAAAGCACCAGUGGGCAUUCAAGUCGUGACUAGAAGGCUCCAAGAGGAAAAACUGCUCCAGAUCGUCGCACGAGUUGAAUCGUCCUUGGUUUCUGCGGCGAAUGGUAUCGACGUAGGUGUUGCAUCUGAAGCACACUCUGCAGAAGCAGACUUUGCAACUCAGCGAUCACCACGGGAGGAUAGCAGCUUAUAUAAAAUCGCGGCCUCUGACCAUGUGAUGGCGGUUGCCGCUUGA